GGUGGCGGCGCGGCGGCCGGACGCAUGGCGUGUUCCGUGGGGCUGGCGCUGUGCGGGCAGACGCUGGUGGUGCGGGGCGGCAGCCGGUUCCUGGCCGCGUCCACUGCGUGCAGCGAUGGCGACAGCGUCUUCACGUAUGACUGCAGCACCGCGGAGAAGACCUCGCGCGAAAAUAGAGGGGAGGACGGACAGCCCGUGGGCGAGGGCAGUGACACGAUCCUGGCGUCCACCUUCUCCACGUCCGGCAGCCAUUUUGCGUUGACUGAUGACAGUAAGCGUCUGGUUCUUUUCCGUACAAAACCGUGGCAAUGUCUGAGUGUCAGGAGCGUGGUGAGGAGGUGCACAGCCUUGACCUUCACGGCCUCCGAGGAGAGGGUCCUGGUGGCCGACAAGUCGGGCGAUGUCUACUCCUUCUCCGUGUCGGAGCCUCACGCGUGCGGCCAGCUUCAGCUCGGGCACCUGUCCAUGCUGUUAGACGUGGCCGUGAGUCCUGAUGACCGAUUUGUGCUCACCGCAGACCGGGACGAGAAGAUCCGGGUGAGCUGGGCUGCAGCACCUCACAGCAUCCAGUCCUUCUGCCUGGGCCACACCGAGUUUGUGAGUCGCAUCUUUGUGGUUCCCGGGCACCCUGAGCUGCUGCUGUCGUCCUCUGGGGACUCCACCCUGCGGCUGUGGGAGUACAGGAGUGGCCGCCAGCUACACUGCUGCCACCUGGCCGGUCUGCAGGAGCCCGCGGAGCCGGGGAGCCACCAGAGGCUUGCCGCGUCCAGGAUCGCGUUCUGGGCCCAGGAGGACUGCGUGGCGCUCCUGUGUGACUGCGUCCCUGUGGUCUACAUCUUCCAGCUGGACGCCGCCACCCGGCAGCUGGUGUUCAGACAGCCAGUGACCUUCCAGCACCGCGUGUGGGACAUCGCGUUCGAGGAGGCCCAGGGGCUCUGGGUCCUCCAGGACUGUCCCGAGGCCCCGCUCGUGCUCUGUAGGCCCGUGGGCGGCCAGUGGCAGGCUGUCCCUGAGAGCGCCUCGGUGGAGAGACUGUCCCGUUGUCUUCGUGCGAACUGGGCCAUGUUGGAAGGCUCCGCGGGUGCCGACAGUGCCUUCCGCGGCCUCUACAAGGCCACCUUCGACAACCUGACGCCAUACCUGAAGAAGAAGGAAGAGAGGCUGCAGCAGCGCCGCAGGAGCCCCCCGCCCGGGCCCCAGGGGCCGGCCAAGAAGGGCAGGGUGGGCCCGGCGGCCCUGGGCUGCUGACCUUUGGCUUGGCGGUGGCGCUCACAGCUUCGCGGCACUGGAACCUGUUCACCUGUUCCUCCCCGCCCUGGCGGCUGAUGGAAAAGCUGUGGUGACAGGCUGGGGCCAGCCACCAGCAGAGGACAGACUUGGACAGACGCGGCGCUGAGCUGGGCCUGCGCCCCCUGGCCGAAGGGAGCCGUGCACUGCGUUCUCCUGGUUGAGGACAGUGUGGGGGAGUGGCGAGCGCCGCUCCUCGCUCAUCUUCACGUUGAGGGGGCACUGACGGUGGCGGCACGGUGGUGGCUGGCUUCUCCUGUGCCCGUGGUGUCGCUCAGCCUGGGUCCUGCGGGCCGGGCUGCCUGUCACACACUUCCACGUCCUCUGCUUGGAGUCGGGGGACCUGCGGCAGCCCUGGGGCUGCUGAAGCUCAGAACUGUUCGGGGCUCAGGCCCCCAUCCCUGCAGCCCCCAGGGCAGUGCCCCCCCAGGACCCCGCCUCCCAGGGCGACGCCUGCGGCCAGGUGCAUGGCUGUCGCGGGUUCUGGGCCUCUGUGGAGAGGAGCCCUGGCAGCCUCAGGGGGCGUGUAGUGGCAUGUGGCCUUGGCCUCGAGACGGAGCGGAGCACCUUGGCGGGUGUGCUGCCUGGGAUUCGUCCCCGGUCUCAAACGUGCAGCAGCCACGUGUCCUGGGGACACCUUUGGUGCGGAGUCUCACCCGGGACAAAACCCUCUGCUUGAGUGUUUUCGGAAGUGCCUUGUUCUUUCCCAGCACCGCCUGUCCUGGGGCAGCCACAGCCCCCUGCACGAGGACCCGGGGCGCCUGGCUCGGGGCGGGCUCUCCACCUGCUGGCUAAGACGCCUGUCUCCCAUGUCAGAGAGCCUGGGUUCGCGCCCCGGCCCCGGCCCCAUUCGUUCCUGCCGAGGCCUGGGUGCUGGCCGUCCACACAGGAGGUCUGGAUUGAGCUCCCAGCUCUGCGGUUUGCCCAGACCCAGCCUUGGCCAUUGCAGGCAUCUGGGGAGUGAGCCAGCGAGGGGGAGCUCGUCCUGUUUCUGUCCCUGCUUUUUGAAUAAAAACCCACUGUGAAA